CAAUCACAAACAGCAAUAAUAAUAUUUUGUUAUUUUCAACUUCGUCUCCAUUAACGCGCUUUAUCCACUUAAGAACUAUUCAUCCCCAAAUCCAAUUCUUUUAAAAACCCUAAAACUGAAAACUUCUCCAAAAAGUUAUCUUCCUUCUUCCUCCGCUCCAUCAAUGGCCUCUACGAAACCAACCGAUCAGAUCAAACAGCUCAAAGACAUCUUCGCUCGCUUCGACAUGGACGGAGACGGAAGCCUAACGCACCUCGAGCUCGCCGCUCUCCUCCGUUCCCUCGGUAUCAAACCUCGCGGCGAUCAGAUCUCUCUCUUCCUCAACCAAAUCGACCGUAACGGUAACGGCUCCGUCGAAUUCGAUGAGCUCGUCGUCGCGAUUAUGCCGGAUCUCAACGAGGAGGUGCUCAUUAACCAGGAGCAGCUCAUGGAGGUUUUCCGCUCGUUCGACCGUGACGGUAACGGUCAGAUAACGGCGGCGGAACUUGCUGGGUCAAUGGCUAAAAUGGGACAUCCGUUGACUUACCGUGAGUUGACGGAAAUGAUGACGGAGGCUGAUUCUAACGGUGACGGUGUGAUUAGUUUCAAUGAAUUUGCGCAUAUUAUGGCCAAGUCCGCCGCUGAUUUUCUUGGAUUAACUGCUGCUGCUUAAUUCUCUUCUAUGUCUUUGUUUUUGAUUAAUUUAUUUUUUUUUUAAUGUCCAGCUUUGUAUAAAUGAAACUUGUGUAAUUUAACAAUAUUUAUCUCUGUUCUUCUAAUUAAUUUAUGAUACCGCUGGAGAAGGUGACGUCAAAUUCUUA